AUGUCGACCCAAUUAAAUAAUCUAAAUCGCAAUAUUGAUAUUGAAACUUCUGAAUUGGGGAAUUAUUCUAAGAAUCAUUGGUCUUUUAGUUAUUUCAUAGUGGCUGAAGGGUCUUAUCCACAUUAUUCUAUACUUUGUUAUAUAUUACCUCCUAAAGAAUAUCCAAUUCCUGAUAACUAUUCUAUAAAAACCACAUAG